AUGUCAAUGCUCGUUUCAUCUCGAUUAUUACCAUCAGCAUUACCUUCUUCAUCGAUGACUAUUCGUGAUAACAAUAUCGAUCAUAGUCAUCAAACAAAUUCAACCUCAUUACCAAAAUAUUUUAAUGUUCCCUUUGCUAUUCAACAUGGAUAUUUUCGUUGUGUUCGAUAUUUAUUACAACUUUAUUAUGAUCCUAAUGAACGUGAUAGUCAACUUCGAACACCAUUAAUUUUAUGUUCAUAUGUUGAAAAUGAUCGAUGGAGUUUAUCACUUGCACAAAAUUUAUUAGAAAAAGGAGCUAAAAUAGACUUAGAAGAUAAUGCAAGACGGAAUGCAAUGCAUCAUGCUUGUGCUUUACAACGUUUUCAUCUUGUACAAUUAUAUUUAACAUGUUUAGAUUUUAAUAUUGAAGCAAAAGAUUGUGAAGGAAAUACUUGUUUACAUUAUGCUGCUAUUACGGGUAAUUCUGGAAUUGCUGAGUUAAUUAUUAGAUCAGCAGAAAAACUUGAUAUUCGUCUCGAUCAAUAUAUAAAUCGAGAAGGAUGUUCAGCAGCUGCUCUUGCACUUAAAUAUGGACAUAUUGAAUGUGCUAAUCAAAUAACUCAUCGUGAUUGGGAUGAAUUUUAUGUUGUUCCACGUCCAUUAUCUAUUUAUGAAAGUCCUUCAACAACAGAUGAUAAUCAUAUGAUAACAAAAAAAAUAAAAACAAAAAAUAAUUCUUAUCAAUCAUCAGAAAAAAAAUCUGACAUUCGUCCAUCAACACUUUCAUUUGGUUUAUUAAAAAUAAUUUUUAAUGAUAGUGAUACUAGUUAUUCAAAUCGUUUAGCAAAUCUUUGUAAACAAGCUAAACAAAAACGGCGUCAUCAACAUUUAAAACAUUAUAAAUAUGAAGCACCACAAACAUCGACAAUGACAAUUAACAAACUUGACCGAACUAAAUCAACAUUAACUAAUGGUACACAUUAUUGUAGUACAGAAGCUGUUGUUAAUGAAACACAAUCAUUACAAAAAAUUAAAGAACAUCAAAAAAAUGUUCAUAAUAAUGAAAAUUUUAAUAAUACAAAUCGAACAAGUCCACGAACACAAUUAUUAAUGCAACAACAAAUUUCUAAUAAAUCAAAUAUAAAUGAUCAAAAUUCAUCAUUUAUACAAAAUACAACAAGUAAAACACAAUUAUCAAUUGAUGAUAUAAAUCAAAUUAAAUUACAUUCAACAAAAAAUGAUAAUGAAGAAAUUAAAUCUAAAAUAAGUAUACCAACAAUAUAUCCUCAAACAUCAAAUUCAACAUUCAAUCAUUCAGAAAAUAAUCUAUCAAGAAUAAAAAAUAAAUUUCAAAAUUCAACAACAUCAAUUAUACAUGAUCAACCAUAUAUUAAUUCAGCUAAAAUAAAACCAACAUAUAUUUCAUCAGCAUCAAUAAAAAAGAAAUCAUUAUUAAUUGAUCAAAAUGAUUCAGUUUCAACUAUACCUAAACAACAUUAUUCUAUUAUUGGAUCAGAUUCAUCAACAUAUUCUCAAUCAAUGUAUGCUGGUCGUCCAAUAUCAGCUAUUGUACAUCAUUCAAAUUCAAAAUCAAAUGAUUCAUCAUAUUCAAUUCGUGAAGUUAAAGGAACAAUAUGUCGAUAUAAUAAACCUGAAGAAUUAUUUGGUGUUCGACCUGAAGAACUUUUUGCUCCUGAACAACAAUAUCAACCAAAAAUUUUUGAUCAACAUUCAAUAAUAAAAACAAAUGACAAUACACGUUUAAAACGUAAUCAAUUACAAAAACAACAACAUAUAUGGCAAAAUGAUGUUGAUAAAAUUCUUGAUUUAUAUAAUAUUCAUCAUUGUGCUAAUUAUCGUAAAUCAGCUAUACCACCAUCAUCAACAACAAUACAAACAGAUACACUCAAUGAUUCAAUACAUAAUGGUAGAGCUCGACGAAUGUCUAUAACAAAAAAUUCUUCAGUAAAUUUUAAACAACCAACUAAUUCAAAACAAUCAACAUUCGCUCCAUUAAAUAUUUCACGACGAAAUUCAAUUAGUCGUCCAUCAAUUAAAUUGACAAAUGCAUAG